AUGUCGCUUGAGGAGCAAAAGAAACAAAUAGCGCACGAGAAGUCGGUGCUAGAAAAAGAGCGCCAAACGUUAAUGGCGGAGCAUCAGAAAUUGUUAGAGUGGCAAAGUCGGCUCGAGAACGAAGAAAGACUGAUAAAUCGUAAUACAAUGAAGGUGCAAGAGUUACAGAACGAGUUAAAUAAGGUACUGGCAUCGGUAAAAAGUAGUGGACAGGUAGGGAUCGCGACUGGUAGCAUUGGCAGCAUCAAUGAGUUCAAAAACGGAGAGGAGGAUUGGAAUGUGUGGAUCGAAAGAUUUAGCCAUUAUGUGACGGCAAAUGGGAUUACGGACGAGAGAAAGAAAGCGACACUCUUAUCAAUGGUUGGAACGAGUACGUAUGCAUUAUUGAGAGACCUAUGCAGCCCAAGGAUACCAGCCGAUUCGACGUAUGACGAACUAUUGCAAGUGUUGAAGGAGCACUUCCAGCCGGAAUGCAACACAAUCUCGGAACGGUACAAAUUUAAGGAAUGCAAUCAGACAGAAGCCGAGGAUAUCAGGCAGUUUGUGGCUAGAUUAAAGAAAGCGUCGGUAAAUUGUGGCUUUGGAGCGACAUUGGAAGACUGUUUGAGAGAUCAAUUUGUGUUCGGACUGUACAGCACAAAUAUUAGGAAGAGGAUACUGCUGGAAGCAAAUUGUACGUUUGCAAAGGCCAAGGAAAUUGCAUUAUCGUUAGAAGCAUCAGCAAAGGACGUUCUACAGAUGACAAACGGUGUGACUCAGAGUAUGGAAAGUGUGAAUUUAGUCAAGAAUGUGCACCGAAACUACGAUAUGCAACAAAUUCCAGGAAAUAAUAGUGGCAGUAGAUGCUUCUGUUGUGGUAAGCUUAAUCAUAUAGCCAAAAACUGUAGAUUUAGAAAUUAUACAUGUAAUAAAUGUAAGAGGCGUGGCCAUUUGAGUGCUAUGUGUAAAGUGAGAAGCCGUGGCAACAACAAUGAUAAUCCGAUUAGCCCGGAUCAGAAUUAUAGAAGAGGUUCUCAGACGACUAGACAUAAUUAUGUCGAAGGUUAUGAUGACGUGGCACAAGUCACAAGCAUGAAAAUGUUUGACGAUGACCUUGAAGGUCUAUUUUAUUGUACAAAUGAUCAGGAAAAUAACAGUAAGCCGGCUGAUGGACAGACGAAGAACAGUAGUGAUGAGGAUAAUCAAGAAGGUUGCGCUAUACAGACCAUCGGGUCGAUUGAGCCAUUAACAAUGGUUUUGAAGGUCCAGAAAACAGACAUACAAUUCGAAAUCGAUACCGGAGCAUCGAUUUCAGCCAUAUCGAAGGAAAAGCUUGACCAAAUUGGUCAAUUAAAGUGUAUACCAUUGAUAAAAACACCGAGGAAGUUUCAAUCGUACCAAGGUAGUGUCAUGACUCCACUGGGAGUCCUUAAGGUAGACGUCGAACAUGGACAUCGUAGUGAAAAGCUAGAUUUAUAUGUUUUCGGAGGGGGAAACAAGCCAAUCAUCGGCAGAGACUGGAUCAAAACAUUCGACUUGAUAGCUGUAAAUACGAAGCCGAAAGAAAGCGUUUAUUUUAUCAGCGGCAGAGAAGAAUCUGUCAAGAAGCUAUUACGGGAGUUUCCGGAAGUGUUCUCGGGUACAUUGGGUAGAUAUAAAAAUAAAAAGAUGAGACUUAAAUUAAAACCAGAUGCAACACCAAUAUUCCGGAAAGCAAGACCUGUCCCAUAUUCAUUGAAGAAGAAGAUAGAAGACGAACUCGAUCGUUUGGUUAGAGAAGGAAUCAUCGUGCCAAUCAAGGAAAGCGAGUGGGCAACACCUAUAGUACCGGUAUUCAAGAAGAACGGACAAUUACGCAUAUGCGCCGAUUAUAAAGUGACAAUCAACCCACAUCUAGAAAAACAUCAUCACCCAAUACCAAGGAUCCAAGAUUUGAUGGCGGAUGUCGAAGAAGCUGAAUUUUUCUCAAAAUUUGACCUGUUAAACGCGUACCAGCAAUUCUUAUUGGAUGAGGAGUCUCAGAAAAUUGCGGCUAUAAUUACGCACAAGGGCUUAUUUGCAUGUUUAAGACUGUUCUUUGGAGCUAAACCGGGUCCAGAGAUGUUCCAGGAAGAAAUGGAAUUAAUUCUAGAAGGAAUUCCAGGUGUCAAGGUUUUCUUUGAUGAUGUACUUGUACACGGCAAAUCAAGAAGACAGCACGACGAGCGCUUACGCGCAGUAUUAAAAAGAUUUAGAGAUUGUGGAUUAACAGUCAGACCAGAGAAAUGCGAGCUAUGGGUUGAGGAAGUGAAAUUUCUUGGAUUCGUGUUCAGUAAAAAAGGUAUCAAGAUGGAUCCCAAUCGUGUAACAGCAUUGAAAGAGACAAAAGCGCCGAAAGAUGUACCUGAAUUACGUCGUUUCCUUGGUACAUUAAAUUACUACUCCAGAUUCAUAUCAGACUAUGCAACUAUAACUGGUCCAUUAUGUAAAUUACUUGCCAAAAACCACAAGUGGCAAUGGACUGACCAACACCAAGAAGCAUUUGAAAGAGCCAAAGGACAUCUAGUAUCAGAAGCGCUAUUGAUGUAUUUUGAUCCAUCGAAACCGAUAAUAGUCACGUGUGAUGCAUCACCAUGGGGACUAGGAGCUGUAUUGGCGCAUGAAACUCAAACAAUGGGCUAUAGGCCGGUGAUGUACGCAGCGAGAACACUGAAUAAGUCGGAAAAGAAUUAUUCUCAAAUUGAUCGAGAGGCCUUAGCGAUCAUCUUCGCUGUAAAAAGUUUUCAUCAAUAUAUCUAUGGGCUCCGAUUCACUCUGGAAACUGAUCACAAGCCGCUGAUGUAUAUCUUCGGUGAAAAGAAAGGUGUUCCUGUAAUGUCAGCGAGUAGGCUACAGCGUUGGGCAGUGCUAUUAUUGGCAUAUGACUUCCAAAUUAAACAUAUCAGUGGAAAAGACAACUUGGUUGCGGAUUUUUUAUCAAGACUACCGGACCGGACUCAACAGGACAGUGAAGUCGACGAUGUUGAAAAUGAGUAUUCAUAUUUUAAUUUUAUUGUUGAUAAUUCUCAAAUCAUUGAUGUAAGCGUUUUAAAAAUAGCGACAGAAGCUGAUGAAAUUUUGUUACAGGUAAUUAAAAAUAUGCGAGAGGGCUGGCCAGUCAAUGUUCUGAAGGAGCUGAGUCCAUAUAACACUAAACAGUUGGAGUUGUCUAUAGAGAAUGGUUGCGUCAUGUGGGGUCAUCGCGUAGUAGUACCCGAAAAAUUGCGCAAUAAAAUAUUAAAAAUGUUACAUGAGACACAUUCAGGUAUAGUUAAAAUGAAGUCGAUUGCUAGGUCCUACAUUUGGUGGCCAGGGAUUGAUAAUGACAUUGAAAAGCUGAGUAAUUCUUGUGAAAUUUGUUUGAUGAACUCUAAUAAACCAAACAGAUCCACGUUACAUGUGUGGCCUUGGCCGGAAGGACCUAACAUUCGAAUUCAUGCAGAUUUUUUAGAAUUUGCUAAGCGAGAUGCAUAUUUAGUAAUAAUUGACGCGCACUCGAAAUGGGUGGACAUCAGAGCUAUGAAAGACAUAACGGCUCCAACGACAAUAGCGGUGUUCAGAACAUAUUUUGCAAAUUGGGGUUUACCCAUGUCGUUAGUCACUGAUAAUGGACCAACAUUUACAUCUAAGGAAUUUAAAGAAUUUUUAGAGAGACACGGUGUAAUUCACAUGUUGACCGCACCAUAUCACCCUGAAUCUAAUGGUUUAGCUGAAAACGCGGUUAAGUCUUUCAAAGCUAAAUUUAAAUUACUGUUGUUAAACGGAUAUUCCAGAGCUGAAGCACUUGAUAGUUAUUUAUUUUAUUAUAGAUCAACACCUCACGGUACAACGGGUUUAAGCCCGGCGGAAUUACAUUUAAAGAGAAAAGUCCGAACUAAAUGGGACUUAUUAACUAAUAAAACUAGAGACAAAGUUGAAAAUCAGCAAGCGGUUCAGCAAAGGAAUUACCGUGGUAAUAGAUCUGAAAAAUUUGAUGUAAAUGAACGAGUAAUCGUAAGAGAUUAUAGUAAUAAGUCGUGGUGCCCGGCUAGAAUAUUAAAAAUAUUUAGUCCAAUUACCUAUGAGGUACGCACUGAUGAUAACAAGAUAUGGAAAAGACAUGUGGAUCAAAUUAAGAGACUUAGGGGGGAGGAGAAUGAGGUCGAGAAUAGCGUGGGGAACAAGAUGUCAUUAAGCGAGUCGAGUCGAGUAAAUGUUUCUGAAGCUGAGGUAACGAAACAGGUCGAAAGCGAAUCAGACGUCAGCCAUUCUCGCAGUAAUAGUUUAACCAGCGUUAAGGGAUUGAGUAAGAAGGUGGUAGCUCCUCUGACCAGAACAACGACUGCGCCGGUUGUAGCUCGUAAGUCAUUUCGAAUUCGUAAACUACCUGUACGGUUAAAUUUAUAA